CAUGGCGUCAUUUGUGGUGCGUCGACCGUGAAGGUUGUGUUGUGUUUUGAUUUUUACGAAAACAUUGAAUGAAUUAAUAAUGGGAAUAAUAUCAUUUUAUGGCUGUUUCUAAAGAACAUCCAACAAGAUGACCGGCUGGACCCCAGUGGAAGAAUGCAACAGUUACGGCAUAGUUAUAUACAAUUACAAUGCACCAGAACCAUUCAAACUCAAUAUUACAGUUGGAGACUCGGUCUAUAUCCAACAAGAAGAACAAGAUUGGUUUUAUGGUUCGCUCCUCAAUAAUCGGCACGUUUAUGGCAUAUUUCCGAAAAAUUAUGUCCAUAGAAAACCUUGUGUCAAAUUUGAAUCUGGAGGCAUACCAGUGUUUAAAGAUCCUCCCAUAUGUCAGGAAAUCACUUCGGUUUUGAGGGAAUGGGGAAGUCAUUGGAAGGAAUUUUAUGUGAAUCAGAACGUAAAUUUUGAAAUAAUGAAGAACAAAAUGUAUGAUCUGAUUUCUCUAAGGAGUCAACUUAUUAGUGGUGCACUUCCACUCGAUGAAAUAAAAAGAGUGACAAGACAGGCUACUCAAGAAAUCGACAUAGGUAACAAAAUUUUAGGUUUGGACAUGGUGGUUCGAGAUAAGGAUGGAAAUUUAAUCAAUCCGCAUGAUACAAGCACCAUUCAGCUUUUUAAUUAUCAUAAAAUUGCUACUGAAAGGAUGAAUAAUAAGGCAAAGGUGGAUGAAAAAGAAUACCAACCAAAAUCUGCUAUACAACAAUACUCAAACAUAUUUCUUGUGGCUGUAAAAAAUUUUAUUUGUAAAGUCGCUGAAGACUUAGAAUUACUCUUGUGUCUUUAUGAUGCUAAAGAAAUGAAACCAAUAACGGAAAGUUAUGUAGUCAAGUGGUCCAAAGAGGGACUCAUGAGUGAUGUGGACCAGAUAUACAGUCUUAGGGUCAUGUUUACUGAUUUAGGUAAAAAGGAUCUUGAAAGAGAGAAAAUAUAUUUGGUGUGCUAUGUAAUAAGGGUAGGCCUGAUAGACAUUAAGGAAGUUGACCAUAGGCGGAGUUCUUUAAACAUAUUAAACAAGAAAAGUGCCUAUGAGAAUAUGCGAAGGCCUUGUGGAGUUGCUGCAAUGGAUGUUACUAGUUGUAUUAAUUGUAAGUUUGAGACUGAUAUGGAAAAAGAGUUUGCAAUACCUUUUGUAAGUUGCGAAAAGGACAAUUUAGAUCAGACUCUUAGAAGAAUUAUUACAAGGGAGAAGAUUGAGAACAAAGACCAAUCUUUAUUUGUUAGCAUGAAACUACUGCGAGGGGAUCUAAAACAGGUCCGAGAAGAAAACCCACAUUUGGUUUUAGGCAAUGUAUCCCGAGCAAGAAAAAUGGGGUUCCCUGAAGUUAUUUUACCAGGAGAUGUCCGAAAUGAUCUUUACUUAACCCUAGUAAAUGGGGAGUUUACUAAGGGAAGCAAAACUACCGAAAAAAAUGUUGAAGUGGUCGUUAAAGUGUGUGACGAAAAAGGCCAGUUAAUUCCCGGUGUUAUACGUUUAGGUGGUGGUGUCCAACCGUUAGACGAAUACCGUUCGGUAAUCUACCGGCACGAAGACAAACCACAAUGGCACGAGACUUUUAAAAUCGCUUUAAGAAUCGAAGAGUUCAAAUCUAGUCAUUUAAAGUUCACUUUCAAACAUCGCUCUUCUAAUGAGACAAAGGAUAAAACCGAAAAACCGUUUGCGAUGAGUUACGUUAAACUUAUGCAGGAAAACGGAGUGACAUUAUCAGACGCUUUACACAAUUUAGCCGUUUAUAAAAUAGAUUAUAAGAAGUUCGACGAGACUGGGCUGGAUUACUUCAAGCUACCUUGGUUGGCCAGUAAAGCGAAAGAUCAGCGAGUUACUGUGCCCGGCUUGACCUUUAGUAUAAAAGAUACAUUUAAUAUAUCUACAAAUAUUUGUUCUACAAAGUUAACACAAAACGUUAAUCUUCUUGGCCUCCUGAAUUGGGCUACUCAUAAGCACACCAUCACAGAUUCACUUCAAGCGUUUAUGAACGUUUGUGGUGAAGAAAUAGUGAAGUUUUUGCAGGAUAUCCUGGAUGCUCUCUUUAAUAUUCUUAUAGAUGAUAUUACUAGUGAUAAAUAUGAUUUUAUGGUAUUUGAGUGUCUUCUGUACAUUAUCAGUUUGGUUACAAAUGACUGGAAGUAUCUACAUUUUGAGCCAGUGUUGGAUUUAUAUGUUAAGGAGAGUUUUAGUGCAACGUUGGCUUACAAGAAACUUAUAUCGAUACUCAAAUCAAUCAUAGGAAGGGCCAGUUACAGUAACCACCCCCCAUCCAAAGAUAACCUAAUAUUUCGAACAAUGAAAGCUUUCCAGUAUAUCAUGAGAUUCGUUUCGAGAUCAAGGCUCCUAUUUGUCGAAGUUUAUCCGAUAAUCGAUCCGGAAGACGAAUUUGAGGAUAGUAUGAGAGAGCUGUUACGAGACAUAAGUUAUAUGAUGUCAUCCCAAAAUGAUAUUUUCUUAAGGGAGCAGGGGGCUUGUUUGAAAUAUUUACCCUGUACUAUUCCCGAUAUUUUAUUGAUAUUUGAUAAGUGUGAACUGAGUAAUAUUCUUUGCGACCUUCUUAAUAGCAUUCCUUCCGGUAGACUCACCAAACAAAAAAUGAUGACGAUAAAUGAUAUUGUACAUAGCAAGUUAUGCACGUAUCCGGAGUGUAGGCAGAUUCUAUUGCCUCUCAUUACCAGGCAAGUUAAAUAUUUGCUUGAAGAAAAAGAUGAGGGUGUUGUGAUGCGGACGCAAGACGGGCGCAGUAGACAAAACCGGUCCGUGGCCAAGGUCGCUCAGCUGCUUGGUACGACACGCCAUUGCGUCAAUCAGCACGUCGGAUAUUCGGAAGAGGUUGAAUUAUGCAUAAAAAUUCUUAGCGAUAUUAUGGAGCUUUUGUUCCGAGACGAUAUAGGGCCUACCUUCAAUGAUAUCACGGAAGUCAUACACACAGAUCUCAGAACCAUUAUACAAAGCCAUAUUAAGAUGGAAAGAGAAAACCCGCAAGCUACUCAUUUGGUGGCAGUAAUGCUCGACGUGUUCAGGCAAAUGACCAAAGAUCAUUACGACAUGUAUAUGGCAAAAUUCACUACGGAUUUCGAUAAAUUGGACUUUCUGAUGGAGAUUUUGGUGGUGUUUAAAGAACUAGUUAACAACUCUGUAUUCCCAAAAGACUGGUGCGAUAUGAUAAUGUUACAAAACAGUAUUAUUUUAAAGUCAUUAAGAUUUUUUUCUGAAACCAUUCGCGAUCGUUUUUUCGAUAAAUUCGAGCACGACGCCUGGAACAACUUUUUCCAUUGUGCCAUUGCGUUUAUGACACAGGAACCCCUUCAAUUAGACAAGUUCUCUUUUAAUAAAAGAAUGCGAAUUAUGAAUCAGUGCAAUAACUCCCGUAUGGAGAGGGAUAUGAGGCGAGAGAUGGGAUUUGAGAUUAAGAGUAUGUGGUUUACUUUGGGACAAUAUAAGGUACAAUUCGUUCCUUCACUCGUCGGUCUCAUCCUCGAAAUGACCCUCAUCCCCGAAAACGUCUUGCGCACAGUCACCAUUCCCAUCUUCUUCGACAUGAUGCAGUGCGAGUUUUACUCUUCUCGUCUUGAAUUCGAAAGUUACGGAGACACUAAACGAGACUCCUCACAUAUCAAGGGCAAUUUCCACGAAUUCGAAAACGAGAUGAUUGUAAAGCUGGAUGCUUUAUUCGAAGGGGGCAGAGGUGAUAGGGAGUAUAAGGAUUUAUUUUUCACGAUUAUGAAAGAUUUAUGCGACAAACAUACCACUAUGAGGAAGGAGGGGAUCGAGUUCGUUACGAUAGUGGCCAAGCUGAUGGAGAGGUUGUUGGAGUACAGGCAUAUUAUUUAUAGCGAUAGUAAGGAGAGUACUAUGAGUUGUACCGUUAGCUUAUUGGACUUUUACUCAAAAAUCAACAAACGUGAAAUGUAUAUUCGUUACCUGAAUAAGUUAUUCGACUUGCACCAAGAGCGCGACAACUACACCGAAGCCGCGUUUACACUUUUGCGACACGCUGAGUUGCUCAAAUGGUCAAAUGAACCGUUAUCACCAUUGUUAAAGAGCGAACGAUACUCAAAUCAUGCUAAAAGCCAUCGUGAGUUAAAAGAAGCUCUGUAUUAUACCAUUAUUGAAAACUACCGUAAGGGAAAGAUGUGGGAAUACGCUAUAGAUCGGGUAAAAGAGCUUGCAGAACAAUACGAGCUCGAAACGUUCGAGUACGACAAACUCAGUGAACUUCAUCAACGAUUAGCAGAGUUGUAUGAUAGUAUUAUGAAGCACCCACGACCGGAACCCGAAUAUUUCCGAGUCGGAUAUUACGGGAAGGGAUUUCCCGUGUUUUUGCAAAAUAAGGUGUUCGUUUAUAGGGGAAUGGAGUACGAGAGACUUGAAGAUUUUAACAAUAGGAUUUUGAAUGAGUUUCCCAGGGCGAAGUUGUUAAAGGAAUUGACCCCUCCAGGCGAGGAGGUCAUCAAUGCCGAAGGACAAUUCAUCCAAAUAAACAAGGUAAUUCCCUUAAUGGAAGAGAAGAAGCAACGUUUUUCCGGAAAGCCGGUCUGUGAACAAAUCGUGCGUUUCUACAGGGUGAACAACAUAAAGAAGUUCAGUUUUUCGCGUAGGUUUGUGCGGAAAGACCCUUACAUAGAAAGUGACAAUGAGUUUGCGCAUAUGUGGCUGGAGCAGACCGAACUUGAGACUACUUACCCUUUACCUGGCAUUCUCAAGUGGUUUCCUGUAAUAUGUUCCAACCGACGGGAGAUCUCACCUUUGGAGAAUGCCAUCGACACUUUAGACAAAGCAAACAAAGAACUCAGGGGCUUCAUAACAAUUUAUAAUAGAGACAAGACUGUUCAAAUAAAUAUACUUGGGAUGACUCUUAAUGGUAUUCUUGAUGCCGCUGUGAUGGGAGGUAUAAAGAACUACGACUUUUUUUUCAUACCGGAGUAUCUGCAAUAUCAUCCUGACGACGAAGUAUUAGUCAAUCGCCUCAAAGAUCUUAUAGCAGACCAAAUUCCUUUGCUGGAUUUAUGCGUUCAAAUUCAUCGAUUAAAAGCACCGGAAAUGUUGCAACCUUUGCAUAAGAAGUUGGAGGAGUGCUUCGCCGAUAUGAAAGCGGAAGUUGAGAAGAAAUACGGAAAAAGUGACUGUGAUAUAAAACUGGAAACAGAAGUACAAAUCCGAAGGCAUUACAGUAUUAACAGCGAUACGCGGUUAUCAGAUGUAACCAUUACUCCCGACCGUCAAUCAACCCCAUACAGUACCAAAAGCCUAAUGUACUCUCCAUCUAGAAGUGUUACCGGAACGCCAAUUUCCAGUAAGAAAAAGGACAAAUUGGCCAGAAGGAGGCGGAGCAAAACUGAAACACUACCAGCGACAUUGUCUACCAGUGGCAAAACUCUGUGGUAUACUAGUUACGAUAGUCCUGCGUCGAGUAUCGAGACUAGUUCCAACGGAACUGCUGGACCUAUAAUAGAGUUAACACAGGAGCUACAUCCAAAAAGGCCGCUAAGGUCAGAAGUAGAAAAAGAAAAAAGACUAAGUCGCCCCUCCAGCGGACAGUUUUCUAGACCAGGCAGUGUGUCAUUGCAAAUCAGAGGCCAUAGUAGUUCUGGAACGAGCAGUAACAGAGAUUCAGUUGGUACUACGGACUCUAAUACUAGCGAGAUAAGUGAGGAAAUUCCUCCGCCAAUUCCCGCUAAGCACAAGGAUAGUCUGAUUGAAUUUUCCAAAAAUUUCGGCAGCCUGUGCAUAAACGAAAACGUGAGUUUUUUACAUUCGCGUACCGCGUCACUAACGCGAUUCUCCCAGUUACAAAUGCCCCUCCCUUCUACCAACACCAAUGAGGAGCUGGAUACGGAUGCGCCGCCCACACCUCCUCCCAAACCUCCAAAAACCAAACUGCAUGUUGUUACUAGUUAAUUAAUAUUAGCAUAUUUAAAUUUAAUUUUUGCUUUUUUCUUGAGACGCUUGUUGUGAACAAAUAAGUCCGAUCCAAGUUAGCUUAGAAAUUAAGCUUUAAAAUUUUCCAAAGAUGUUCAAAUAAAGUACAAUUUUAUUUGUUAUUUUUGCACAUUGUACAAAACGUUUUAGGUUAAAUUUUACAUUAAGGAAAUUUUCAUUAAAACUUAGGGCAUUUAAAAAAGCUGUGCAAUUUUACUUAUGUGCUUUUUCCCAUUUUGACGUAUCUGGCAAAAUAUGUCAGACUAAAAUGAUUUUCUUACAUUACGUUUAUUAAAUAAUGCAUUUCUUUGUUCAUAUUAUAAUAGUUUGUAGGGCGUUAAACUGUAAAGUAUAAAAUAAUUAGUAAAAUAUGUUAUGUUACCGCAAGUGCCAUGUUUAGUUAGACUCAUUAUUCAUGAUAUUUAUGGAGUAAUUUUUAUCUUAAGUUUAGCCAAAGAAAGUUUGUAAUAAUAAUUUUUAUAUUAUGUUAAAUAAAAUAUACCUUUUUUAUGAA